AUGGCAACCUCUGUUCUCCAAAUGGCUGGACUGGUGCUUGGUGGUGUUGGCAUGGUGGGUACCGUGGCAGUGACCAUCAUGCCCCAGUGGCGAGUGUCUGCCUUCAUCGAAAGUAACAUUGUGGUUUUUGAGAACCUCUGGGAAGGCCUGUGGAUGAACUGCAUGAGGCACGCCAACAUCAGAAUGCAGUGCAAGGUCUAUGACUCUCUGCUGGCUCUCACUCCUGACCUCCAGGCAUCUAGAGGACUGAUGUGUGCUGCAUCUGUCCUGUCCUUCCUGGCUUUUAUGACAGCCAUCCUCGGAAUGAAGUGCACCAGGUGCACCGGCGACGAUGAGAACGUGAAGAGCCGCAUCUUGCUAACAGCCGGAAUCCUCUUCAUCAUCACUGGCUUGGUGGUGCUCAUCCCUGUCAGCUGGGUUGCCAAUUCCAUCAUCAGAGACUUCUACAACCCACUCGUGGAUGUGGCCCGAAAGCGUGAGCUUGGAGAAGCCCUCUACAUUGGCUGGACCACAGCCCUGGUGCUGAUUGCUGGAGGAGCGCUUUUCUGCUGCGUGUUUUGUUGCACGGGGAAAAGCAGCAGCUACAGAUACUCUGUGCCAUCCCAUCGCACCACUCAAAGGAGUUUCCACGCGGGAAAGAGAUCCCCGAGCAUAUACUCCAAAAGUCAGUAUGUGUAG